GAAAUCUGUUAUUUCCGAACUCUGUUCCAAGCAGUCGUUAGACAAAACAUCUAACAUGACACUCGCUACGACGCUUCCUGCAAUAUUUGAGCCGAGAGACGCGUCUCUCUGGAGUCUGGCGGUCGCUCCAUUUCUCUCCCAGGCUGCUAAUAUUUCGCUCUUUCUGGGCGGUAAAAUUGGACUCUGUGAGCUUUACAUAAACACGAAUCCCUUGGUAUUCGGGUUUGAGCUCUCUAUUGUUUUAGCAUUUCUUCUAUGGAUCGUUUCUCUUUACACGCACAACCCGUCUCAGGUUGAUCGCUGCUGGCCUCUACUCCCCACGCUGUUUUCAUUUCAUUACUUAGUGUAUGCAAAAUUGUUUAACUUGAGUUCCAAACGUUUGACAAUUGUAUGCUUUUUGCAAGCAGUAUGGUGCAUCCGACUUGUCUUUAAUUAUUGGCGAAAGGGCGGUUACAAGUCCGGCGCAGAAGACUACCGGUGGGUGUACGCAAAGCGUCUCAUUCCUCGUUGGGCGUAUCCACUUUUUCACUUGUUUUUUAUUCACAUUUUCCAAGUGUGUCUCUUGUUCAGUUUGUCGGCACCUACCUAUUUGAUUAUGUUGUCGGGUAAGAAUAAACCUUUUGGUUUGGGCGACAUCGCCGUUCUUCAAUUGUUCAUGCUUGCGUUCUUCAUUGAGAUUCUUGCCGAUCAACAGCAAUGGGACUAUUACAGAGCCCGUAACUUUUAUCGCCGGAACAAGGUCGUACCUCAAAAUGUAUACUUCGACCUUUUGUCUUUGGCGCGAGGCUUUAACACAUCAGGCCUAUUUCGAUUCAUCCGUCAUCCCAACUUUGCUGCCGAGCAAACAAUAUGGUUUGCGUUUUAUUUGUUUGGCGCAGUGGCUACUAAUAGCAUAUUAAACUGGACAAUUAUCGGUUGGCUUGGGCUAGUCGCUGUAUUUACGGGUUCUACGUGGUUGACGGAAAGCAUUUCCUCCGAAAAGUAUGUUCUCUAUGCAAAAUACCAGCAAAAGGUUGGUCGUUUCCUUCCCAAAUUCAAUGGCUCUCACUGGCAAGAAGAGUUCGACGACGAGUCUCUCAAAACCGACUAAUCUCAUGCCCGCGAUGGACGACUCGUUACAUACUCCGCAUACUCCUUGAAUUAUUGUUGCUUAAUGAACUUGUUGAGACGAAUCUAAUGAUAGCAAGUAAUGAAAUUUAAUCAGUUCAUAGAUAUGAACGUGUGUGUACAUAAGUCACUGCCGAUACCUUAGCAGAAGGGCACAUGUACUUUUUUUU